UCCUUUCCCUCCACCCCGAAACUUCGCCUCUCGCAGCUCGAAGCUCCCCCUCUCUCCAUCCGAGCCCUCGACCAAAUCCAACCGUCUCAAGCCCACCGCCUCUCCCUUGGCUACAUAAAUGACCAUUCCCAUGCCUUUGAGCCGAAGAAACACACCCCUAGUUCCGGACCGCCGGAUGUACAGACAUUUUCUUUAGCCACAUCGAUUCAUCUCAGCAGCAAACAUUAGCAAUGAUGCUCGGAGUCCCCAAAGAAGUUAUCCGGCCCCUCGGCCCAGCCUGCUCGUCGGUACCGCUCGACGUGAAGAACAGGAAUCCUCCGUCGUUGAUCACCAAAUUGCGGGUCCUGCUAUCGCCGAAGAAGAAGCCGGCGACGCUAUUGCGAGUCCCCAGCGGCAGCACCCUCUCGAGGCUGUCGACGUCGUCGGGCAGCAGCGACCGCGAGCUGGAGCGGGUGUUCCGCUAUUUCGACGAGAACGGCGACGGCAAGAUAUCGCCUUCGGAGCUUCGGAACUGCAUGAGGACGGUGGGGGAGGAGCUCUCGCACGAGGAUGCGGAGGCCGUCGUGGCGUCGUCGGACUCCGACGGCGACGGCUUGCUUUGCUACGAUGAUUUCGUGAGGCUGGUGGACGUGGAGGGGGAAGAGGAGAAGGUGCGGAGCCUGAGGGAGGCGUUCGGCGUGUACGAGAUGGAGGGCCAAGGGUGCAUCACGCCCAAGAGCCUCAAACGGGCGCUCCAAAGACUGGGGGACUCCAGAACCACCAAGGAAUGCACGGCCAUGAUUCGAAGGUUCGAUCUCAAUGGUGACGGUGUGCUCAGCUUCGAGGAAUUCAGGGUCAUGAUGCUCUAAACCACACCAUGCACCCCUUGUUAUGGAUUAUAUGGAGAACAUGAAGUGAUGAUUCUUUAGCCUCGAUCGUUAAUCCUGCGAUCAAGCUCCAAAAUUCUUUCAUUUGUAUUCUCUGUUUGUUUUAGAAUGGUUCUUCUGUUCGUUCAUCACAUACAAGAGACCACGAUAUUAAUCUCACAUCAACUGAUGGUCCAUAAAAUUAUCUCUUUAUACAGAAAGAAAAUAAGAUUUGAAGAAUUACUUAAAUUUGAGCAA